AUGAUGGCUUUAGAGUUAGGUCGUUUGACCGCGCACGCGCGUGCCUCGCAAUUUCAGCAGGCAGAUGGCUGGGUGAAGGACACGGUGCAGUUCUUCUUCAACGGCUGCAAGACGGAGGCGCAGAAGGGCCUGGACAGCUUCACCUUGCGCUCGCUUCCGAUCCCUGAGAUUGGGCCCUGCAUCAGUGUGGAUCAGAUCGCGGACACCUUAAAGGCCAAACUGGACACUAUGGGUUUUGCCAGUUGUGAGGUCAAGCACUACUACGACUUCCAACAACAUGCAGUUCUGUGCACCUUGCAUGCUAGCUGGCAUGUAGUGGACACCCCAGCGCCGCCGCCGAGCACUGGGGGAUGCUCCAACACCUGUCCCAUCUGCCAGGAGAUACGACCGGAAACUCGGCUGGAAAUUGGUGGGGGUUCAUCAUGA